ACGGUUGGCUGGGUGUGCUGCCAUCUUGUCUCUGUCGACAUGAAGGAGUUGCAAGGCCAGAAAAAAAAGGAAAUUCUAGGCCUAGCUUCCCGCUUCCAGACAUUCUCGUGACUGUCUCGGAGGCCACGAAUCUCCACGUACCAGAGCAGUCAAAACGAGCAACACUGUAACGCGACAGGGGAUUUUCUUUCUACAAAGUCGGGACUUUCUUUCUAGGCUUGUUUGUUAGUCCAAUGCAAGAUGUAGCUCUCCAACAACAACAUUCACUCUGUUUUAUCAGCUGUUUUCCGUUUCCAGAAUAUACACCCAUCUGCUCUGAUCAGAUUUCGAAACUACUGCGGUUAAUAAUUCAUUUUAUGCUCUCUAUGGUCAGAAACAUUUGUUUCAGAAACAACUUUUUCCUUUAUAUCUUGCAAGACCUAUUGUGUUCCUCAAAAUCUGACUUAGUGAUUGCUUUGGAAUAGAUUCAAGGCGUAUACCAGAUGAAAUAUUUAGUUAAUCCUCUAGAUGGUUCACUACUCAGAAGUUUUCCACUUUGGAACGUUUUCUUCAGACUUGGUGGAUUCGGUCAAUAAGAGUCGACUGUACAUCACACUGACCAACUGACCUGACCUGCACACACAGACACAGAAAGAAAUGGACAGCAGGUGGUCGCUGGCCUUGUGGACACUCCUCUUCACGUCCUUGACCCUCCCCGGGGCAGUGACGUCACACCCUCAAGAUGGCGGCGGGGUGAGAAGUCAGAGGGGGGACGCCCGACUUUUACAGGACGUUCUGAGGGGUCUGGAGAAAGCCGCCAACUUUUUCCGUGAAGACUUCAGCUCUAUCAACGUGGACGGCUUGUUCGGCAUCCGGGUCGCUCAAGGCACCAUCAUUCAGAGUUUGAACUUCUGUGUUUCUGGCACAUCUCCCCGCUGUUCACCUGAGCUGUAUGCGCGUCUGGGUUCGCUGAACACAACCAUAGGCACCAUGGCUGACAGGGCACUGCCUUAUAUCAAGGCCCAGGACCCCGACUACUACCAGAGCUUCUACAAGACGAUCGACGGCCCUUACAUGAUAGCGGAGAGCUCCCAGUCUCUGGGCAGGGCGGUGUCCGCUCCGGGGGUGGGCACCGACUACAACGAGGAGAGCGGGGACCGGUGCCUGGCCAGCCUCAUGGGCACCUGGCGGCGGGAUGGCCGAUGUACUGUGCGGCGUCAUAGGCUUCUCAGAUUUUUUUCCGCGCUCCUGGAUAUCCAUGGUUCUGGGCUGGCAGACGUCACGUGGUUGCUUCAGCAUGGCCGGCUCCCUGGUGGCGCUCCAGGCCGAAAUACAGAGCGUGUCUGACCAACAGAGGGAGCUACUGCAGAGGCUGGAAGAGGAGGCCAGGGAUAGCGACAGUGCUCCAUGGACCAGCAGAAAGCUGAUGAGAGAGCGCGUGAUGGAAGACGACUGUCUGGCCCACAAAACCGGCCUAGGGAUCGGUGUACUCGGCGUCUACCAGCGCCACCUGUUGGAGAACACAGCCAGUUGACCUUGACCCUUGCAGAUAGGCAGUUAAACACAAUAUGGAGGAAUCAGGGUCAGGGCCAGGGUCAGCUUCUGAUGGCCCGACACAGACUGCGCGGAUUUGUGUGUUUUCGACUACUUUGUUCUCAUUGUAUCUUGUUUGGCGGGAAAUAGAGAAAUCGGAGAUGGAAGUGACGUUAUUGUUUUGUUUCCAACAUCUUCUACUGUGAUACAGUACGGAAGUUUAUUGAAAUAAGAGGAUCAGUUGGACUUCAACUUCAAGAAAGACCGUCGACACGAUAUCGGCCAUAAAGUUAAGUUUUGGGGGGAAAUGCAAGAAAGACAGACAGAAACAAUAUAGGGAAAGAAAAAAAGGACCUUUCAUGCCACCCAAUUUGAUAGCAUAACUCUGAAAAUCACACAAGUUUAAAUGUAAAAGUUGUGUUAGGUGGCGUUAUAACAGGUCUGGCCCAUUUACUUAUUAUGUAUGUGUACAUAAAAAGAUGGAUAGUAAGCCCUAUGAUAAGCCUGUGGUUUCUGAAAUGUGCGUGUGGGUGGCUGUGUGUGUGACAGAAAGAAAGAGAUACAAAGAGAGAGAGAGAGAGAGAGAGAGAGAGAGAGAGAGAGAGAGAGGGGUGGAGACAGACAGACAGACAAACAGAACAUUAGAGUUUCAAGAAGGCUGACAUACAGACCAGCAAAGAGUCAGAAAGACAGACUCACAAAUGUCAUCCUUCUAAGCAGCAGACUCAUGUGAUCACAGGCUUUCCCCAUGCUCAGUUUGACCUUUCAGUCAACAACUCACACCCGACAAAUUAAUAAACUGUACAUUCCACAUUA